CCAACAAUCUUUUUCAGUUCUUUUGUGGAUGACUGUUCUACCUGAACAAGUUAACGUGUGGUAGGUUUACAUGCGUGUAUUAACUGUUUGAUAAAAUGCCAGAAUGAAGCCUUUCUUUCAGGAGAACUCCAAGUUAACUUGUUAACCUGGUGGGUCUUACGGGUUGAGUUUACCCUUUUUCUAGAAACUUCACUUCCCCAAACUUAUGUUAGAAAUGUAUAUACAUUGAUAAAUCAUUCAAGUCUUUCUGUAGUUCAAUUGUUUCUACAAUACUGAAAGUAUAGUCAAAGUCUUCUCGGAGUCAACUAUGUGAAUUUUCAUUUCAGUAUUCCCUUUUUCCUAAAAUGACCCCCUCUCUUUCUUCCUACAGCCACAACUUUAGGAUAAAAAAACAGCUUUUGACUGGUUACACAAAGACUAUUCCCCUUGUCCCUACCCCAAAACAAAUAACUUCAGAAUCAUCAUGUCGAAGAAUUUCUUGAAGUGGAGUUUUCGGUUUUAGUUUGUUCAUUUUAUUUGUGAAUUUGUCUUGAAAGCUAGCGUUCUGUGUUUGAAGUUUUUGGCAUUUUAUAUUUCUUGAUUUUGUUCAAUAACUGAUGAUGAAACUAGGCUUUUAACCAGCCAGAAAUGGAUAGAAUCCUCCCUGUGAUCCUGUAUUUAUUUAUUUUGGGGUUCCAUAAAAGGGUUUAUGGGAAUGCUGAAGUUGAUGCAUUGAAUAGCCUAAAAUCAAAGUUAAAUGAUCCGAAGAAUGUUUUGCAAAGUUGGGAUUCGGCCCUUCCCACCCCAUGUACUUGGUUUCAUGUCACUUGCGACCCUGGGAAUAAAGUUACUCGAGUUGAUCUUGGAAAUGCGGACUUGUCAGGUCCACUGGUUCCGGAGCUUGGUCAACUUAAAAAUUUACAGUACUUGGAGCUUUAUAGUAAUAACAUCACUGGAAAAAUUCCUGAUGAACUUGGGAAGUUAAGACAGUUAGUGAGUUUGGAUCUUUAUCUUAACCAGUUAGAAGGUGGCAUUCCCAACACAUUGGGCAACCUUCAGAAACUUCGUUAUCUUCGUCUGAAUAACAACGGUUUGAUGGGAACUAUUCCAAAUUCUUUAACUACUAUAGACAAACUAGAAAUUCUUGAUCUAUCCAACAACUUUUUGAAUGGAGCUGUCCCUUACAAUGGCUCAUUUUCGCGAUUCACAACUAUUAGUUUUUUCAAUAAUCCCAACUUGACAUUUGCGAAUGAUACAACACCGAAUGUGACACUGACACCUCCUUCAGUCCGCAAAGACAACACAUUAGCGAUUGCCGGAGGAGUUGCUGUCGGAGCUGCUAUCUUUAUUGCAGUUCCGUUGAUUGCACUUGCUUGGUGGCGGCGUAGACACCCACAAGAUCAUUUCUCUGAUGUAGCAGCUGGAGAGGAUCCGGAAGUUCAUCAAUUAGGGCAACUGAAGAGGUUUUCUCUACGUGAGCUACAAGUUGCAACGGAUGAUUUUAGCGACAAAAACAUUCUCGGGAAAGGUGGCGAGUUGCAGUUUCAGACGGAGGUUGAGUUGAUAAGUAUGGCAGUUCACCGGAAUCUACUAAGGCUUCAAGGUUUUUGCAUGACACCAACCGAACGUUUGCUUGUUUAUCCAUUCAUGGUCAAUGGAAGCGUUGCAUCAUGUCUAAAAGAUCGACCCGAUACAAAACCCGCACUCGAUUGGCCAACAAGGAAACGGAUCGCACUCGGGUCCGCACGUGGCCUCGCGUAUUUACACGAUGACUGCGACCCAAAAAUCAUUCACCGUGAUGUAAAAGCUGCAAACAUUCUAUUAGAUGAGGAAUUUGAAGCAAUAGUUGGAGAUUUUGGGUUAGCAAAACUCAUGGACUACAAAGACACUCAUGUCACAACUGGUGUUCGUGGUACAAUCGGACAUAUAGCCCCGGAGUAUAUAUCCACGGGCAGAUCUUCGGAAAAAACGGAUGUUUUUGGAUAUGGUGUGAUGCUUUUAGAGCUUAUUACUGGGCAACGGGCGUAUGAUCUUGCACGACUUGCUAAUGAUGAUGAGGUGAUGUUGCUUGAUUGGGUGAAAGGGCUUUUGGAAGAUAGGAAGUUGGAGGUGCUUGUGGAUCCGGAUUUAGGAGGUGAUUUGUUGAAUGGAGUUGAGGAGGUGAUACGGGUAGCGCUAUUGUGCACACGGGCGACACCGUGGGAGAGACCGAAGAUGUUUGAAGUGGUUAAGAUGCUUGAAGGUGAUGACGGGUUGGCGGAGAGGUGGGAGGAGUGGAAGAAAGAGGCGAUUCCAAAGAAAGAGGAUAGUCAGAUACAACAGAUUCGGGUUGAGUUUGAUUCGGGUUUUAACCCUAGUAAUGAUCACUUGUCUGGUCCUAGAUAAUCGACCGUUUGUCCCUUUUUUUGUUGUAAAUCUUAGGAGUCUUGAGUUUAUGUAGUAUUGGGGAAUUUUCAAAAUACAUACAAAAACGCUUGGUCAUUUUGUGUAUAAGAAAAAGUUUAUUUUGUUGUAUAAAAAAAUUUGGCUGGGU